CAACCAUUGUAAUCUCUUUCAAUAAUCAUUGCUCCUCAGCGCCAAAGCUUAACCAUCAAAGACCACUAUACGAUGGCAACCCGACGGCAACUUCUCCAAAACCCCACUCUCCGGAAAAAACCAUCUUCAACUUCUAUGCCGAACCCUAACCCAACCCAUUUCAGCAAAGCCAUCCAAACAAUUUCAAUUUCCUCAAAACAGAACAACCCAUCAAACGUAAUACCAAAUUCAUCAACACCCACUCCAAAUACAUUCUUGAUUGAAAAGAUUUUGGUGUCCCUAAAGCAAGGUAAGUCCAAUUCUUCAAGAAGUUGUCUAUUUCAACUGAACACAUCAGUUUUUGUUGAAGUUCUCUACAAAUGUGGUGACAAUUUGGUAUUGGGUCAGAGAUUUAUUGAUUUAAUUGCUGUAUGUCAUCCAAAUUUUAGGCAUUCGUCGCGUUCAUUGAGCGCGGCAAUUCAUAUUUUGGUUAGGACUAGGAGACUAUCUGAUGCUCAGGCUUUGGUACUCAGGAUGGUUAGAAGAAGUGGUGCUUCAAGGGUUGAGAUUGUGGAUUCAUUGGUUUCAACUUACUUGAAAUGUGGGUCAAAUCCACUUGUCUUUGAUUUGUUGAUUAGAACUUACGUGCAAGCUAGGAAGUUGAGGGAGGCGGUGGAGGCAUUUCGGAUGUUGAAAAGUAGAGGGUUUUAUGUUUUGAUAAAUGGUUGUAAUAGUCUUCUUGGAGGGCUUGUCAAGGUUGGAUGGGUUGAUUUGGCAUGGGAAGUCUACGGAGAAAUGGUUAAAAGUAAUGUUCUAGUGAAUGUGUAUACAGUAAAUAUAAUGGUUAACGCAUUGUGUAAAGACCAAAAAAUAACAAAUGCGAGGCUGUUUUUAUCUGAAAUGGAAGAGAAAGGAAUUUUUCCAGAUAUUGUAACUUAUAACACUUUAAUUAAUGCUUAUUGUCGUCAAGGGCUUGAAGGAGAAGCUUUUGAGUUGAUGAACUCAAUGACUGCUAAAGGAUUGAAACCUUGUCUUGUAACAUAUAAUUCUAUUAUAAAUGGUUUGUGUAAGAACGGGAAAUAUGUGAGGGCAAAGGAAAUUUUGGGUGAGAUGGUGCAGAUGGGGUUGUGUCCUGAUACUGCUACUUACAACACAUUGCUUGCUGAGUGCUGUAGAAAAGAUAAUUUGUCGGAUGCAGAAGGAAUUUUUGAUGAAAUGUUGUGUCAAGGUGUUGGUUUAGAUCUUGUUAGCUAUAGCUCCCUUAUUGGGUUGUUUUCAAGGAAUGGACAUCUUGAUCUGGCAUUAGCAUAUUUUAAAGAUAUGAAGAGUGUUGGCUUGGUACCAGACAAAGUUAUUUAUACUAUUCUUAUUGGAGGUUUUUGUAGAAAUGGCAUUAUGUCAGAGGCUAUGAAGAUGCGGGAUGAAAUGCUCAAACAAGGUUGCCUUAUGGAUGUGGUUACAUACAAUACUAUUUUGAAUGGGCUAUGCAAAGAGAAGAUGCUCCCUGAGGCUGAUGGGCUUUUCAAUGAGAUGGUUGAAAGGGGGAUCCAUCCCGAUUUUUGCACUUACACGACACUCAUACAUGGAUAUUGUAAGGAUGGGAAUAUGAACAAAGCUGUAAACUUGUUCAAGUCGAUGCUUCAGCGAAAUCUCAAACCAGAUAUUGUCACUUACAAUACUUUGAUUGAUGGGUUUUGCAAGGAAGGAGAAGUGGAAAGAGCUAUUGCCUUGAGGGAUGAUAUGAUCUUUCAAAAGAUAUUUCCUAAUUACAUUACAUAUAGCAUUCUAAUUAAUGGAUUUUGUAGUAAGGGUUGUGUAUCUGAUGCAUUCAGAAUGUGGGAUGAGAUGGUUGAUAAAGGUAUUGAGCCCACUAUUGUAACUUGUAACACUAUAAUAAAAGGAUAUUGUAGGUCUGGGGAUGUAGCAAAGGCAGAUGAGUUUAUGAAAAAGAUGAGUUCCAAGCGACUUUUUCCUGAUUGUGUUACAUAUAAUACUCUUAUAAAUGGAUAUUUAAAAAAAGAGAAUAUGGACACAGCCUUUGAAUUGGUUAGUAAAAUGGAAAAUCAAGGCCUAUCACCUGACAUCAUUACAUACAAUGCAAUUCUGGAUGGAUUCUGUCGACAAGGUAGUAUGCAAGAAGCCAAUCUCAUAUACAGCAAGAUGAUUGAGAGGGGUAUAGAUCCUGACAGAUCCACAUACACAUCAUUGAUAAAUGGGCAUGUCACACAGGACAACUUGAAGGAGGCAUUUCGGAUCCACGAUGAGAUGCUGCAAAAGGGUUUUGUGCCAGAUGAUAAAUUUUAAUUUGUUUGCUGUUGCAGCCAUUUAUCCCUACAUACUGAGGGAAUAAUGGAGCAAACAAAUGGUGAUUCAAGUACAUCAGAACCUUUGAAACAUGAGUACAGUUACGAAUGGGCGUGGUAUAGGUAGCCAAAUAUGUUGAUGGUAUUACACUCUGGCUCUUCUCUUACCUCAAAUAUCUCUUAGUUUUGUCGAGCAGCAUAGUUUGUGUGCCCUGUUCUAUGGAAUAUUGAUUUGAACAUACUGAUUGGAACAUCCUUGUUUCAGACUUAGAUAACAAUGAAUCUGGAGAAAGAGCAAGCUGAGGGUUGGAACAAGGACUUUGACGUUUGAGUAGCAUUCAUGGAUGUUUGCCCUUGCCAAAUGAAGAUCGAAAAUGGUACCAACAACUGACAAGAA